CUCGGGGCAUAUUCCUUUCUUCCUCCACCAACCACAUCUGCCUCUAUUCAGUUGGCGUCCGCUUCUAGCCAGCCGGAAGCAGCUGCCGGUGCCUGUCCCUGACCUUCCAAUUGUCUGGUGCGAAAUUUCACUAGCUACUGCAAGGUUGCGAACAUCCGCGUGAUCGAAUUCUACCACCGUAGAAUUCCCAAAUUUGUCACCGCUUUUAACGGUGUACACAGAGCAUAUUUCACUGUGUGCCAUGGCGUCCAAAAGCACAUUAUCCUACAGCCAGCGAGCAAAGGGCCACGCGAAUCUGCUCGUCAGAAAACUCUUCGCAAUUGCCGAAGAGAAAAAAACAAACGUGGUGUUGUCGGCAGACUUGACCACCACCAAGGAGUUGCUGGCGAUUGCUGACAGUCUGGGCCCGUACAUUGCUGUUCUAAAAACACAUAUCGACAUUCUAUCAGACUUCAGUGAGCAAACUAUUCAAGGGCUUCUUGAUGUAGCCAAGCGCCACAAUUUUCUUCUGUUUGAAGAUCGUAAGUUUGUGGAUAUUGGUAACACCGUACAAAAGCAGUACAAGGGAGGCGCACUACGUAUUUACGAGUGGGCGGAUAUUGUCAAUGCCAGCAUCCUUGCAGGGGAAGGCAUCAUUCAGGCUCUGGAUCAGGUGGUAAAUGAUAGCGGAGAUGCGGAACGAGGCAUAUUGAUCUUGGCCGAGAUGACUUCUAAGGGAUCUUUGGCAGUCGGAGAGUACACUCGAGCAUCGGUCGAGAUCGCAAGAAAAUAUCCCAAAAGCGUCAUGGGCUUCGUGUCAACCAAGGAACUGUCAAGCCACUCGCCUAAUUCGGCGCCCGAAGAGGAUUUUGUGGUGUUCACGACCGGUGUGAACAUCUCCAGUAAAGGCGACGCCCUCGGGCAGCAAUAUCAAACUCCAACCACCGCGAUGGAAGGAGGGUCCGACUUUCUCAUUGCAGGCAGAGGAAUUUACGCGGCCGAAGACCCGGUGACGGCAGUGAGGCAGUAUCAGAAAGCGGGCUGGGAGGCAUAUGAGCGCCGCAUCGCCAGAACCAGUGGAUGAUAGGUCGACUCCGAAGUCACCCGCUUGAUCGAUCCAAUAUCACCUACAGCCAGAGAGGCGUCCUCGGCCACCGCAACUGGAGUCACCACCAAUAUAGGGUCCAAGUCUUUUCAUGAUAUUAUUAUCUUGAGGAAAGACCUAAGCCCACCUGGCGGCAAAGAUCAGCCAGUGUUGGCUCAACUUUGUGACACCGAGAUAAGAACACUACGCAAUUCUCCCUUCGCAGUGCCCAGUCGCAUAGAUGAAUGUCACUUUGAGUACGUUCCAUUCAGAGGCCUGUUAUGAACGGUGAAGAUUCGUGGCACUGGUAGUCAGCAAAUUUCCAUAUUGAUACGUUCACUCUAAAUUGAGAUGAUCAAUGGAUCAAAUUCG